CCCCGAAGGUGGAGGUCAAGGGGCUGCUGGUGACUCCCGUCCCUAUCAACGGAGUUGCAGAUCGUCUGGGCUGUGACCCUCGAACACGUUUCCAGGUCCCCCCAAACACCAAGCAGUGGAUUGCUUUACUACAGAGGGGAAAUUGUACAUUUAAAGAGAAAAUACUGCGAGCAGCUUCACAUAAUGCCACAGCUGUGGUCAUUUACAACAAUGUAUCCAGUGAAGAACCUGUCACAAUGACUCAUCAAGGAACUGGAGACAUUGUUGCUGUCAUGAUUACAGAGUCGAAGGUUAAGGAGAUCCUGAAUUACUUGGAAAAGAACAUCUCUGUGCUGAUGGCCAUAGCAGUGGGGUCCCGUGUUCCUCCAAAGAACUUCAGCCGGGGCUCUCUAGUCUUUGUGUCAAUAUCAUUCAUUGUUUUGAUGAUCAUUUCUUCAGCAUGGUUAAUAUUUUACUUCAUCCAGAAGAUCAGGUACACAAGUGCACGUGACAGGAAUCAGCGUCGUCUUGGAGAUGCUGCCAAGAAAGCCAUUGGUAAAUUGACAACCAGGACAGUAAAGAAGGGUGAUAAGGAAACAGACCCAGACUUUGAUCAUUGUGCUGUCUGCAUUGAGAGUUACAAGCAGAAUGAUGUUGUUCGCAUUUUGCCGUGCAAGCACGUAUUCCACAAAAUCUGUGUGGACCCAUGGCUCAGUGAGCACUGUACAUGUCCAAUGUGUAAACUGAACAUUCUGAAGGCACUGGGAAUUGUGCCCAACGUGCCGUGCACAGAUAACGUCGCCUUUGACAUGGAGAGGCUGACGCGGGGUCCCUCAGCCUGGAGCCCCUGCGCACCUCGGGCAUGUCACAGCUGCCACAGGACGGGGAGCUGACACCAAGGUCAGGAGAGAUCAACAUUGCAGUGACAAGCAGUCACUUCUUCCAUCGUAACUCUCUGUCCCCUCGAAGCCUGGUCUACGAGAGCGAGUUCUCAACCAUCGAGCCUGCCUUGGACAUGUACGACGAGAACAAAACCUGAAAGGAAUCCAUGCUCCUUCCUGGCCCUUUUUCGGUUUUUUUCAUUUCUCAUUCCUAUUGUUGUGUACUCUUUCCAUGGAUCUCCUUUGUCUGAAGAAGAGCUGCUUUUUCCAGAACACGAACCCGCCUUCUCGUUUGCACAGACGAAGACCAGCUGUGGUGGAUUCUGAGGGUGGCAUCUUUGAGGUGGCAAAGAGCUGUGACAAGCAAGGUUGUCUGAUGGAAAUUGCUGAGUAACAGCAUGGGGAGCUGUGUCGGCCCAGCCGCGGCGAUGCAGGAGAGGUUUUACGGUGGCCCUAAGAGUUUGUGCUGAACUGCAAAUGCGUCUCUUACACAGGCAUCUGCUGUUUCCGAGUUUUUAGUUGUCCGGAUGGUUAGGCAAUGUCAGAAAGGGAACUGGUUGUAGAGGAGAUGGCCAGUGACUGGUAAAAGCACUCGUAUAUCUCGGUCAAUCCAUAACCUUACUGUGAAAUAACCCCUUCUGGGAGGGACCUUUAUAAGUGCAUUGAGUUUCCUACAACCCACUUAACCCCGGACAGUGGCAAGCCAGUCUGAUGUUCAAGCUGCAGAGAGGACCUGCAUUUGCAGAAAGAUUUCAAGGAACUUGAUGCUUGGAUUUUUUUCUCCAAUUUGAUUGAAGCAGGAGAAAAAUGGUAUACACAGAAUAUACUUUUGGUCCUUCUGUGUGCUGAAGUCAAGUGAGUUCAUUUCUGUAGAGAGGACAUUCACAGAACCAGCACUUGAUCUACCUAAAAACCAUUAGACUUUUUGAAAUAUGCAGGAAUCAAAUCAGCUUUCUUUCUCACGUAACUUUUUUUUGGGGGGGUGGGGGGGUAAAAAAUCCACCAAAUUUUUCACUGAGAUUUUUUAAAAGCCAGCAUGUUGGCAUUACACAGAGAAGAAAAGAGGUAAGCUUCUUAUCCCACUCUCCUGUUGAGAUCUGCAACAGUUAUUUAACAAAUACGUUCUCUGAGCUGUGCCCUUUCCCACUGACAUCAAUAACGGGAAUGCAGAAAGCAGGAGAAGAAAGGAAAGCAGCUACUGCUUUGACACGCUGCAGGAAAAAUCAAUUUUUACCAGCAUGUGACAAAAGCGGUGGGGAAAUGGAUAUUGUUUGCAAGCUUCUGAGAGAACAAUGCAGAAAUGGAGAGCGAGAGAGGAGCCUCUGGAGCCAAGUCAUCCACAGUGUUCCUCAAAUGAGCCGACAUGGAGGAGCGAGCGCUUCUGCUCCACCGUUUGCUACCAGACAAUGCAUAGCUGUUAAUGAAUGUUUGGAUUUUUCUCCAUUGCAGUCUAAGUUACUGUAGGUGUAGAAACUCAUUUGUGUCCUUGUAAUGUGAAACACAGUUUCACCCUCUGUAUAGAAAUCUUGAGAAAUCAGUUAAGCCAAAAAGAAAGGUAAGACUUAUCCUGCCAUGCUUUAAUUUCACCUGCUUUUGCAAGCAGGGGAAUUUCCCCUCCUUUAUAAUGUUUUUAAUUGUAUAGCAAUCUGCUUAACAUAUAUCCUUUUCUGAAGUGUGAUUCAGCUGUGUAUUUAACAUGGAUGUUCAAGAGAAAAAGAAAAACCCAGCUCUGUAAAAUGAGGAAAUGAGCCUCUUUGCCGAGCAUGCUUUGACUUUUGUUGCUGUGCGUCAGCUUUAUUUAAUCUGAUAAUUCAAGAGUGGGUGGCGUGAAGUGUAGGGAGGUUUUUCUCAUAAUACCCACAUUGAUAUUUACCAAAUGCACUUUUAUUGCCAUUCAGCUCGCUCUGGAAAUGCACUGAAGCCCCAAACUUUUGUAAGAGCACAAUUUUGACACCCACUUUCUCCUCCAAAGCAAAAGUGAAGGUCACAGGAAGUGCCACAGGGGCUGGGGCAGCAGCUGGUGGUGGUCAGCAUCCCUCCUCUGGUGCAGGACAGGCAGCGACAGCCCCGGGCACCGCCGGCGAGCCUGGGCACAGCUCCCCAUCCCAGCCCUGAGCUGCACCCGGGCCCAGGCACAGCUCCCCUGGCUGAGCUGAGCCUGGGCAGGGCUCGGGGGCAGCACAAGGGCUGGUUCAGCAGCCCCUGUGUUUGUGAUUACAUCUGGGAGAGCAGCAGCGACACGUGGGAGCGGCGCCUUGGGAACGCAAACGCCCGAGAGGAAAAUCACCGUCUCUCAAGGAUGUUAUGGGGCUUGUUUUUAUCCAUGAGGGCAGUCAGGUUAUGAUAAUCCCAGAUACCUGGGUUACCUGGUUAAAUGCCAACAUGUCUUAGUGUCUUCCAGCCAGCACAGAGCUGCUCCUGUGGGGUUUUGGGUAGGACAGGCUCUUGUAGCACUGCGUGGGCUGCUGAUGCCCCAAGCAAAUCCUUCUCACAGGGGCUGCCCCAUCCCAGCACAGGGAUUUCCCCCGAGGCCACUGGGAAUGUCACUGGCGCACAGUUUCAGCACAAAACCAAACCUCAUGAUUUCUGACCUCCAACUGAGCCAACGAGCUGUGUGCCAGAAUAUACAGAAAAGCUAGAAGAGGCAUGGAAAUUAAAAAUUAUAAAGCACAAACCCCCUAAAGACAAAAUAAUAACUAAUGUAAUUUGUAUUUUGCUAAAUCUUAUUUCUAACUGAAUAUCUUGGCUUUAAGCAGGGGGGGAGCAGUGCCUCAGUGGAGAUCAGGGUCUGGCACAGCAAUGUAAAAAUGGAUUUGUGCUGUAGCAUCUUGGAUAGAGGAGCUGGUAUUUGUAAUUGACAUCCUGGAUUUGGGACAUCUUGCAACACUGGAAAAAUUAAAAGCUUGUUCAAGCAAUAAGUCCCUACGUGCAUGCCAGGACGUGCUGGAGCAGGCCUUCCCCAGUUAGUCAUAUUUAAGAUGGGGAAGAGGCACCACAGCAACAUGGGUGAUUUUUUUCUGGGCUGUGCUGGUAAGUUUGAGGUUUUCCUUUUAAUAUUAAUCAGUAUAUAAAAAAAGCUUGAUGAGCAUUGUUGUUCUUGUUCUGCUGCAGUGGUGCUGUGUGUGGUUGAGUCAUUUCACAGAAGUAAAAUAUACAGCAACCUACCAAGCACUGUAAGUGCCAGUAACUUGGAAAAUCAUUUUCAAGGUUAAAAAAAAGUGCUUCUUUUAACAGGAAAACAUUCAGUUUAUGACUUCUACAUAGAAAAAAAAGCUUUUAUCUCCAAGUAUUUUCCUAAAGUAUUUAAACCCCAAAACUUUGUCUUCUCUUUCUCCGCUUCCUCUUCUAUGAAAGUUUUGCAUGUUCCCAUUAGACAUUUGUAAAAUCAAGGUUUGCUUGUGUUCUUAGAGGAUAAUUGCCGGUAAGAAACCAGACUGUAAGUGUGCUUUUUACCUAUAAUACACAACAUUAAUUAUUAAAUUUGAAGCAUGUUAAAGUUUAUCUAAUGACCCUCACAAUUGCUCUCUCCAGUGAGCUCAUGUGUUGGAAUCUGCAUUGUCCCUUUGCUCUAGGAUGCUUGUCCUGGCACCUGAGGAUGCUAUAGGAAUAGCCAGGUAUCCUGCAUUAGCCAAAGAAAAACCAAAACCAGUUUAAUAAACAUGUCUAGGACUAUGUUAUGAGAUUUUCACACAUCUGUUUUCUUUAAACACAUUCUUGUAAAAUAGUGCAAAGCCUUGGGAGAGCCAAGAGCUUUUCACCAGCUCCUGGAAAGCAGAGGGAAUUCUGCAGGAAACAUGGGUCACGCUGAGGCUCCAGGACUUGUUCAGUCCAAUUUAGGUUUGAGGCAGUGCCACAGUCAGUUCAUGAGCAGAAGGAUGAAGGCACCAGGGUUGAACUGAAGUUCAGGCAGCUCUGCAGCCUGAUUACUGGCAAGUGAGUUGACUUAAUUAUUAAAAAUAUUUGUUAUUUUGCUUAGCUAAUAGUAAUUUGUUUUUUACAGCACGGGAAACAGCAGAGCAGCUCAGAAGCCAAGGCACAGUGGGGCAAAGGCAAGAGCCACAGGGCUGCUGCCAGCCCUGCAGGGUGGGGAGAGAAGGACAGGAGAGCUCAGGAAACACCUUCAAAUUCCCAAGUAAAGCUUUUGCUCCUUUUUCACCCUGUGUUACCCAGCCAUACUUGACCUAAUUUUCCAGCCUGAGCGGUGCAGAAGGGUGUGUGAUGUGCCAUGACAGCUUGCAUAUGUGUUGUUAUAUUUAAAGAUAUCUUCACUUUUUCCUUUCCCUGCUAGACUCACUGCACCGCAGGGCAGCCUCAGCUCUGGCACACUCGGUGGAAACUGGUGAGCAGGGGAGGGAGUGAGAGAGGGAAAGAUGUUCCAGCUAAACAGACUGGGGGGAAAUCAGGGGAGAGGUAGACAGCACUUCAGUAUGCUGGUGCUCAUAUCUGCUUUUUUCCCUCGUCUUUGAAAUAAUUAAGAGAAAAAGCUGUGCUCCCUACACUUUCUUUGUGGGAUGCAGUGACAAGAGCAGGACUCCAGGUGGGAUUUUUCCAUGAUGCUCUGUAACCCCCAGCUAAUGAUGUCCUGAGCUGUUGGCCAAAAACCCCAAAUUCACAAGGGCAUGUCAAGUUUACCUGGUGCUUGCAAAGUGCAUUUUUGGGAAAUGAAAUCUGGUCACAGAGCCUUUGCAAAGCACCACUAAUUGACACCUUGUUAUCUAUCUUUCAUUAACCUAGCCUUUUUUUAAAGCCUGCAACACUCCCAGACACUCUUAUUUCUAAUCUCACCCUUUCCACUCCAUCAGUUACUAUUGGCUUCCUCCUCCUCUGGAGAGCUGGGUGAAGGUCCCUGUUGUGCAGGCACUGCUGUCCACUUGUUCUCCAGCAUCUUCUUCAUCACUGUGCCAUAGCCUCACUGUGCCAUCACCAUGCCAGCCAGCCCCUCCAAGGGGAUGCAUCACUCCAAACCAGUCACAGUCUGUGGGAGCCCAGAGGUUCCUGGUGGGCUGUGCUCAGCCAAAGCAGGGUGUGUGGGAUCUGGGCUGUUGUUGUGGGAGGCUCAUUCUCUGGAUCACUGAAUGGAGCAUCCUUUUGCUCUUCUGCCCAUUAGCCUCAUGAAGAUGCUCAGAAAUGGAUGUUUAGGUUGUGCAAUAACAUCUGAAUAUUUUUUCUUUUUUACUGCAAUAAUGUCCAGGUUCUCUGGGCUUUGGGUCCCUGUGCCCAAAAAUAGUCCUUUUCCUAAGGAGUUAAUAAUAAGUAUUCAUAUUCCUACAAAGUAAGAACUACAUAGUGUUUUAUUGAAAGUUGAAGCUGCUUAGAGUGAUUUCAAUGCCAGGCUGAGGUGUAACAUUAGCUGGUGUAAUACAGCUGGGACUGGGGGUUUGCAGCCCAGAAAUCAGAUGGACAUGUAUGUGGAGGCUCCCUCUCUCCUGCUGGGCUAUUCCUUUCUCCUCUUGUAUCCAGAAGCCCCUCAGGAGCCAGGAGCUUUUAUUCUUUUCCCUGAGCUCAGCUGUGUGCAUUUAUGUGCCAUUUGCCUUUUUUUUUGUUGUUGUUGUUUGCUGCUUCUCACAUACUCCGGGGCUUGCCUUUGCUUGGCUCUGACUUGAUCUUCAGCUGCCCAAACCCCUCGGGGCGACAAGAGCCAUUAAUUCCCAGCAGAGCAGCUCUGCAGGGCUAUGUUAAGGCAUAGAUCAUCAGAUUUGCUGUGGAUCCCCUGUGCCUGUGUCUGUAACACCCUCACACUGUCUCAGGCAGUAAGAGCUGUAGCUGCCUGCAGCCUUACUGGGCUGGUAACCCAGACUGGGCUGCACAGGGAGGGAGGAUCAUACAGAAAACAGCUCAGCAACCCUCCCAUGCUCCAGCACAGGAAAGUCUGGGCAUGAAAGUAAGCUUGUUCUUUGCUGCUAUUAAGCCAGGAAUAGAGUGGAGCUGUCAAAGCAAAGCUCCUGGUGCAGGUUCAUGAGGUCCCAGCACGGCAGCGCCCCAGCCUGUUGCUUUCUGCUUGUGCUGCAUGGUGCUACAUGAACAAGAGACUUUCCCUGUGCCACCACAUCAGCAGGCAGACUUUCCCCACCCUGUAUGUCUAGGCUUAGCUCCCAGCACUGGUAAGGUCUGUUGCACUGCUCCUGUAAAGGGGAAUAACCUUUUGGAGCAAAAGGAGUGGUAGCAUUGCUCUUCUACUUGUCCCAUCAGCCCUGCUGCAGUUUGCAAGUCGAUGAUAAAUCCUAAAAGCUUCUCUGGAUGACCCAUGCCUGUCCAGGAUCACCUGCUCAAGGCCAUGGCUAACUAUGCACUGACUCCACCAAAACAGGAUCAUUUUAUCUCAGCAGAGAGGGGACCCCUCGGCCUUUGGGCACAGGAGACUGUGGUGAACAACAACAAAAAACCCCAAUUUGCGUGCGUGUAAAAUGAAGAGUCUGUUUGAACUGGCUUGCUGCCAGGUGGGUCACACCGGUGUGACCAGGCAACCUGAACAUGCCAGCAGUGCCAGGGGUCUGGGGACACUGUGGGGACGCAGGGACACACAGUGCCCUCCCGGCAGCCACAGCUCUCCAGCCCCUGUGGAGGUGUAGCUUGCCAGCAGCAGAACUUGUUGACAUGUUUUGAUGUAAGUAUAACACUGUAUUGUAGUUACGUGGUAUAUGCCAGUAUGUUCAUAGUGUAUACCAACUAGUUAGGGUUUGCUAAUGUACUACAUUUCAAUAAAAAGCAGUUUAAAAAUA